UUGAGGGGAGGCGGGAGCGCCCGAAUGACGUGGGGUCGGGGGUGAGGGGGCUCCUUCUGCUUCCGGGUGGGCGGUCGCCAUGGCGAGCAAUGCCGCCAGCCUCAACGCCGUGCGGGAGACGAUGGACGUUCUGUUUGAGAUUUCAAGAAUAUUAAACACUGGGUUGGAUAUGGAGACUUUGUCUAUUUGUGUGCGGCUUUGUGAACAAGGUAUCAACCCAGAAGCACUAUCUUCUGUUAUUAAAGAACUGCGUAAGGCUACAGAAGCUCUAAAGGUAAUGCUGUUGCCUAAAAAGCACACACUUUUAAGAGAAUCAGACCCAUGGUUCAGUUUGCUAUACUUCAAUUUCUAAGUUUUCCUUUAAAAU